UGGAGGGGCCGGGGAGGCUUCUUCCCGGGGCUGGGGUGCAGGACUUGAGCAGGAACUCACUGCCCGCUUCCUCUUGGCGCCAGCUGUGUGCGAUCCCCAGGUCUCCCCCAUCUUCCCAGGGGGGCGUUGAGCACACACUGAGAACCAGGCUGGAGACGGAUGCUGAGAACGGGAACGGUGUGUGAGGAGUCCUCGCCCUUGCUUCUGACUGUUGCCGGUACCAGGAGCCCAGGCCAUAGGAACGGUGACCAUGGAGGCCCUCCCCAAGGCCCUGGAGGUCGAAGAGAAGUCUCCCGAGUCCAAGGACCUUUUGCCCAGCCAGACGGCCAGCUCCCUGUGCAUCAGCUCCAGAAGCGAGUCCGUCUGGACCGCCACCCCUCGGAGUAACUGGGAAAUCUACCGCAAACCCAUCAUUAUCAUGUCCGUGGGUGGUGCCAUCCUCCUCUUCGGUGUGGUCAUCACCUGUUUGGCCUACACCCUGAACCUGGGCAGUAUGAGCCUCAAGGUCCUGAAGAUGGUGGGGCCUGCCUUCCUGUCUCUGGGACUCAUGAUGCUGGUGUGUGGGCUGGUCUGGGUGCCCAUUAUUAAGAAGAAACAGAAGCAGAGACAGAAGUCAGUGUUCUUCCAGAACCUCAAGUCCUUCUUCCUGAACCGCUGAUGGCAACCUUGCCCUCUGUCCUCCCCACCACCCCGACACCUUGUCCAGGAGAAGGUGUCAUGGCCAAAGUCCAACAUCUUUGGUCUCUUGGGUGGUGGAGUCUGCCAUAAAACUGAUGCAGGCAAACCUUCUUCUGGGCCCCAUGGGAAAAAGCAAGCUCAGGGCUGCACCCUCCGUGUGGCUGGGAGGCACCGCUGGAUGAUCUCAUUUAGUCUCUGUUAUGUCUGACGCUUCCCCCGAGAUCCUGGCCGCAGCCGUUGCCUUCCAUGGCUGUCACCCCGGCCUGUGCAUUCAGGUGUCACUCAUCUAAUGAACGUGCUCUGCCAAGCACUAUGCAUGUUGGGAAAUUCCUUGAGAUGGACUAUCCCCCGAGAAGAACCUCCUGCUUACACUUCUGAGUGCCUGAACUGGAUUCUGCAUUUGCUUCCUUCUAGAACCCAGACUGACCAGCAGAGGCCCUUUGCACAGAGGAGGGAAAUCCUGGCCAUCGAGCUUACCCACUCCAGCUCUUUCUGUGGGUGAGACAUUGGCUUAUAUUUCAAGAGAUCAGAUAAGUCACAAGUACCAAACAUUCCAAAGAGUGAGAAGUGAAGGGUGGCUGGGAGAAACACUUUCCAAGAAGGCACAUUCUCCCCUGGAAAUGGCUCUGGGAGUUAGUUGGAGAAGCAAUUUAACCCUCAGUUAUACAGUAUUUACACCAGAGGUGGUGGCAUGCACCAGGGGGUAUCACAGUCUCCCCUUGACCUUCUAACUCCUUCUCUGUGACUACUCUUCCGUCUGAACUGGACACUUAGCCAAGGACAAGCGCAUGUUGCCCUAACUUCCUUCUCCCCUGACCCCGGCCUCUACCCCACGAUUCUGGAACAGCCGGGUGGAAAGCCGCUGCGGAGGGCUGCAGUAAGCAUUUGCUCUGCUUCACCCCCAUCAAGAAUCACAACCCAGAGAUUCGACUCCACAGCUGAGUGUCUGGAGGUUUCCAAAGACGGUUUUUACUUCAGAAAGUCCCGACUUCUGCUCUCCCAGCCCCCACCCACCCACACACAGACAUUCAGUGAGGGCUCAGCUCGGGGCCAGGCCCCAGGAUGGAGCAAGCUAGACGGACAGCUGGUCCCUGCAUUCAUCUUCCACAUGAAGAGAAAGACACAGCCAGGCCAACAGGUGGCCAGACACGGGUGCUGAGUCCUUUCUGGGCAGUGAGGGUGGGGGAAAGAACAUGGCAGGCGGGCGGGGGGCGGUCUGCUCUAGCUGAAGGCUGUGCAGCCAACAGAACCAACAGAACUGGAGGAAAGAGGAGAACGGGCAUAGGCAGGAAGGGAAAUCAUUUGGCGGGAACAGUGUGCGGAGCUGGGGGAGGGGAGCAGGAUAUGACUGGGGCACCGUGGAGCAAGUUCCCUGGUCUGGAAUGGCCGCCCGAGCUCCUCCCUUGGCCUGCUCCUCACCCUGCCUCCUGCUUCCCCAAGUGCCUCACUGCGGCUUCUCCUCGAGGCCCUCCUGGGUCUGUGGCAGAGACUGGGUAGGGGGUUCCCCGGGGCUAACCACACAGAAAUCACCCGUGAGGUAAGUGCUCCCCAAACCAGGGGUGUCCUGCAGCAUCCAGAGGUGGCCAGACCAGGAGGGUACCUGUGGGGAAGCCAGGCUCCCACAGGCCUGUGGCCCAGUGGACAGCAUCUAAUUACCAGGGAAGGGUCACCUCAGCCUUCUGCCCCCGCCUCCACCUCGGCUCUGGACUGCGUCACUAUGGCAACCUCUCUGUAACAGGCCUCCAGGUGUUUCCAUCCUUACGGUGGUGGUUCCAUAUGCAGAGUCAGGACACCACCUUGUUCGCUCUGCAUCAUGGGAAAUUCUGUGGAAGCAGGUACCUGGGUGGGAAAGCAUAGAGGACUCUGAGAGUGACAGGUACCUGUGACAGGGGGACACUCCCCUGCCCCACCCACCCAAGGACCCAGAGUUUGGGGAGUUGGAGCCAGAAUGACCAUGUUUCUCAUUCAGACAACACGGUCACCUGGCCCCUGCACACAGGCAGUCAGGGCCCAUCAUGGGGAGUCACCACUCACUAUGUCACUCACUGCGGUCCCAGCGCCUCAGGUGGCUUACGGAUGGUUUCUGACAUGAAAGCAGAUUCCAUAACAGCCCUACACUGUCACUCUCAGAGUCCUCUAUGCUUUCCCACCUGGGAGCAAGCAGGGAGGACUCCUGGCUGGCUUGAUGGUCAUCCACAUGUCCCAAGUCUCAUUUCCUCCCCUUGCAACCUUGUCAUCUGGGCAUUGCCAUGGGACGGGGGCCAGGUGCAUGUUGCUACUACCUGUUGUCUUGGCAGAGGGCAGUUUGGGGACCACAAGACUCUAGAAGGCAUCCAAGGUCUGGACUCACCUGGAAGGCUCCCGCAGUCUCGCCCACAUUCCCUGCUUCUUAAGCUAGUUUCUCAGUAAGAAGAAUGAGGAGAGAUUCCAAGCGUCAUUCACCACCUCUCUCCUCUGGGCUUCCCCGUAUGACUGUGGACCAAGGAGCAUGCCUGAGUCAGGCUGAGGGGCUUUUGCCAAAGACCGUUGCCACACGGAAUUCUGAGGAAUGCAUGUGCCUGGUCAGAUGCCAUGUUUCUGGCAAAAAACAUCCCCACCAUGCCUCCUUCCAUGCCAUGGAUGCAAGGUCAGGACCAGCAUCUGUGCGUCUGGCUACUGGAUUAUAUUAUCCCACCCAUAGCUGUUCUGUUUGGGAGAAUUCCAUUUAAUCUAAGUGCUGAAAAAACUGAUGGGAUGUUAAAUUGUAUCCUGUUUGACAGUGUCCACUGUGUUUUCAUUCUGUUCCAUCAGGAAUUGCAAAUUCUUCCACUAAUUCAUUCCUCUAAAAUGCCCCCCACCCUACCCCAUCACCACACGCCCUUCCCGGCAAUGUGCUAUCUGGGAGAAACGGGACUGUGUGGGAUUCAUGUCUGGUUCCUCGGGGGCCCCAUGGGAGCUGAUGACCCCAUUCUGAGAUGCUGAAACCAGACCAGACAGAACAGAAGCUCCUGCUUCCCUCCCCGCAAGCCUGGUCUUGAGAGAUGGAAAAAGAACCUUCCUGAAUGAAUCAGUGGUCCAGGGGAAGAGACUGGAAUCCCUGGCACCAUGUCUUACAGGAAAUACAAAUAACAUCUCAUUUAAGCCACUAUUUUUUGGGUCCAUUACUUGCAGCCAAAUAAAAUUCUU